AGAGGAAGCGCCUUGGACCACGUUGCUGCAGCUGGAGGAGGCCGGAGCGGGACCAGCAUGGCCGCAUCCGCCAAGAGAAAACUUGGUGAGCUGAGCGUUGACGAAUUCCUUGCCUCUGGGUUAGAUUCUGAAGUGGAUGAGGAUUCCGGAGGAGAUGCUCUGGAUUCUGAUGAAGAAGGGAAAGGAAAGAAGCCAAGUCAGAAUGAAAUGGCAAACGGCAAGAAGAAAACAUUGCUUAAAUCUAAAUUUACUGAAAAGAAACCAAAGAAGGGUAAAGCGUCCGAACAUAAAGACCAGCUCUCUCGGCUGAAGGAGCGAGAUCCCGAAUUUUACAAGUUCUUGGAAGAAAAUGACCAGAUGCUACUUAAUUUUGAUGACUCUGACAGUUCUGACGAAGAGGAGGGACUUCAUGUGUUACCUGACAAAUUGGAGGAAGCAAGCGAGGACAGUGAUGAUGACGAUGGCGGAGAGGAAGGAACUGCCAAACGGAAGAAGCUUGAGUUCAUCACUGUAAAUUUGAAAAUGGUGGAGAACUGGAAAAGUUCUGCCAAGAAGAAUUUGACGCCCAGGCUCUUCCACAGUAUCACCCAGGGAUUCAGAGCCUGCGUGGUGACGGCCAAGGGGGACGCCAAAGGAUUUGAACCUGGCAAGUUCAAAGUCACCGAUAGCACAGUGUUCAACACCCUCGUGUCCUUCUGUAUUCACGACCUCUUCGGUUUGGUGCACAAACUGCUUCUGGUGAAAAGUGGCCGAACCAAAUCCAAGAUGGUUGCGCCUUCUUCCAGCCCACUCUGGGGGAAGCUUCGCCUGGACAUCAAAACACACCUUAGCUGCUCUAUCCAGCUCCUGUCUUGCUUGACAGAGGCCUCAGUGGGAGCUGCUGUUCUUCACCAUGUCAACUCCAUUGCUCCCUAUUACCUGGCCUUCCCAAAGCAGUGCCGGAUGUUGCUCAAGCAAGCCACACACCUCUGGAGCACAGGCGAGGAAACGGUUAGAGUUCUCGCUUUCCUGGUGCUCAACAAAAUCUGCCGGCACAAGAAGGCUGUCUACUUGAACCCAGUGCUUAAGCAAAUGUACAUUUCCUACGUGAAGAACUGCAGGUUCACGUCUCCCAAUGUCCUGCCCAUGAUCAACUUCAUGCAGCGGACUCUGACGGAGAUGUUUGCCCUGGACACUUCCGUCUCCUAUCAGCACGCCUUCAUCUAUAUCCGCCAGCUGGCUAUUCACCUUCGCAGCGCCAUGACGGUGAAGAAGAAGGAGAAUUUUCAGUCCGUUUACAACUGGCAGUACGUCCAUUGCCUGUAUUUCUGGUGUCGGCUCCUGAGUUCCAUCUACCCUAGUGAUGUCAUGGAGCCUUUGAUUUACCCUCUGACCCAGAUCAUUGUCGGCUGCAUUAAGCUGGUGCCCACGGCUCGUUUUUACCCCUUGCGCAUGCACUGCGUCCGAGCUCUCACCCUCUUGUCAGAGAAUACAAAGACCUUCAUUCCUGUUCUGCCCUUUAUCUUGGAGAUUUUCCAGCAGGUGGACUUCAACAAGAAACCAGGGCGCAUGAGUUCCAAACCCAUUAACUUUGCGGUCAUCUUGAAGCUCUCCAACGCCAACCUGCAGGAGAAGUCUUUUCGGGAUGGCCUUAUUGAGCAGCUGUACGACCUGACCUUGGAGUAUCUCCACACCCAAGCCUACGUGAUCGGGUUUCCAGAGCUCGCACUUCCUGCCAUUCUUCAGCUCAAGGCUUUUCUGAAAGAAUGCAAGGUGGCCAACUACUGCAAGACGAUGCGUCAGCUUUUGGAGAAGCUGCAGGAGAAUUCUGCCUACAUCACCAGCAAGCGCCAGAAAGCCAACUUUGGUGUGGCCAAUCGGGAGGCUGUGGAUCAAUGGGAGAAGACAGUCAAAGAAGAAGGGACUCCACUGAUGACUUAUUAUGUACACUGGAAGAAACUGAGGGAGAAGGAGAUACAGCUGGAGAUCAGCGGCAAAGAGCGGCUAGAAGACCUCAACCUCCCUGAAAUCAAGCGGAAGAAGCCGGGCAGCCAAAAAGAGGAUGACAAGAAAUCAUUCAAGGACCUCUUUGAGAUGGACAGUGACUCUGACGAGGAGGCUGGUGGUGGCUUCUCUGUCAAAGAGAAAUCAAAGCCCAAGAAAUUGGAGGACACCCUAGGCGGCAGCAGUGAGGAAGAGGAUGAGGAGGAAGGGCAGUACGAAGUGGAGGAUGACAGUGAAGAAGAGGAGGAAGACACGAGUGAUUCAGAUGGGGCAGGUGAAGGGCCUCCACGACCACCACGCAAGGCUGCCGGGAAACAGCUGUCUCGGGCAGAGUUGCAACAGCUGGCACAGGGACCGGAGGAUGUUGUGGAAGACCUGAGCCUCUCUGACGAGGAUGCCGACUGACCACCGCGGGGCUGGCGAUUCCUGGCGGGGGGUGGGUGGUAGCAGGAGCGGAGCCUGGUGAUGUGAGGAGAGGGGAGGGGCCGUGCCGGGGAAGGGAAGAGGCGCUUCCCUUAAGAUACCACUUUAGAACGUGAAAAAUCUUCUGCAGCCGAGUUUUUAAUGCCUCAGGGAGAAGCGCAGUAAAAAUUUGUGGUUACAGCGAGGGCAGUAAAGCAGCUCAGCUGAGGACAUAAAAGGCCCUCGUUAAAAUCUGCCACUUUAACUAAUGGGGGGUGGGCGGAGGUGGUGCCCGCUUGCCAAAUUCCUGUUUGUGUGUGUGUGUGCGCGGGGGGAGGGUUAAUAGCCUCCCCAGCCUGCUGUUUCCCUCCCUCCUGCAGGCUGCAGAACAGUUUGUCCUCCCACCCCCAAUCCCGGCAGGGAAGAGGUAGCAGCUGCAGCCCCCUCCUCUCCUGGCCCCCCGCCUGCUGCAGUGCUCCUCUGGUGCCUGAUGUGGCCAGAGGUCUGGGCUGCUGGCUCUCCUGCAAUGCCCUUUGCCUGGUGCAAAUGCCACCCCAGAGCAGGCCGACUCACGCUUGACCGAGCACGGCAGGAAAAAGGGCCCAGCGGGGUUCCAGGCUCGACUUUUUCAUGGAAAUUUCUCUCCCCUGCAGCGCUGGGAAACCGCCCAAUUCUGUUUAUUAUUGGUGCACGAGGUUCUUUUUGAGCAAGAGAGAGGGGCCACUGGGCCAGAAACCCCCCCCCCCCCGAUUCUCUUAUUCUCCCCUUUGGCAACACGCUUUGUAGCAGAGGCCAUCCGCCUUGUUUGCCAAAAGCUGGGGAGGGGCCCAAGGGGGGGACCCCUCUCAGUUUUCAUGCAAACGAUCAAUCCAAAGGUUUUGCACCCGUGCGCAAAGUCUCCGCUUCUGUGACUGAGCUAGGCUGGCUUAUUUUCCCGCCAGCUGCCCACCACGGCAGGCUAAGACGUUCAAAAUGAGGCUGUCCUGAGUCAGGCAGUUGUGUAGGUCUUCAGAGACGGGAGGCCAAUCACAUAACAGCGGUAGAGUUUGCAAGCCAUUUGCCCCACGGAAUGGUUAGGCUGGUGCGCUGACAAGCCCAUUCACAAAGUGAAUGAUGGGGGUCCAGGAAGCUAGGAAUCCCCCCCAGCGAAUACUACCAGGAACCAUUAGCCUCUGAAUUGCAUUUUAGCCCCCAGUGUGCUUAUUUCUUGUGUGAAGACUGCCCAGUGCAGAAUGUGGUAUUCCAGGGUACGCCACACUCCCCUCUGUGCCUCUUGCCUGGAUGUCUGGCUCUGGCAACUUGAGCAAGACACUCCUAAUGGAAAUACGGCUAUUUCCUCCUCUCCUCUUUUGUUCGUAAGUACACAGCGGGGCAGGCAAGCAACCAUUUUAUAAAUUAAGUGAUUUCUCUUUUUUAUUAUUAUUAUUUAAAUUGAUUUGCUGGAAAGCAUCGGCCAUCGGUGUGACGGAUAAUUACCAUUUACAAUAUAUAAAGAAGCUAAGGUACCACCAA